AAGGAAUUUAGGGCGAGCCAUCCUGGGAAAACUUGGUGCUGUUUUGUCGGUUUUUGACUACUGGUACUCAAAAAUACAAGAUCUUAUCAAAGUGACCCUCCUUCUGUCCUUCUGGUGGUGAACCUGCAACUUAAAACCUAACGGCCAGUGGUGCUAACGGCAAGCAUGGAUGAAUUACAAUCAGCCAUUCACAGCCAUUGUGAUAGCUGUUUCAAGUUGUGGUGCAAUGAACAGGAAAAAGUGGGUGUGUCAUGUCUGAACAUUAGCUGCUCCCAAGACUGCGGAUCUCGACUACACACUUGUAAACUGAAUGACCAUCUAACUCGGUGCCCCAACACCCGGAUUGAGUGUCUCAACAAGAACAAGGGUUGCCCCGCCACCAUGCUGCGUAAAGAGUCGGCUAAACAUCUCAUUCACUGCCCAGCCUUUGUUGUCAUGUGUGGAGUGGAAUUUCGAAAGGAUGAGCUGCUGAGGCACUUCCAGUCUGAUGGCGAACAUGAUCACAAGUGCUCUCCAAUCCUUGCUGAGAAGAUGUCCAGACACAAAGCAGCGGAGAGACUUGGUGAAGAGUCGGAGUAUGAUCUCAACAUCCCGGCUGAUAACUGGACGGUCUCUGACGAAGAUCGCAUCAGAAUUCAGGAGGAGAAGAAGAAGAAGAGAGAUGAAGCAAUGAGGACGUUCGGAACCCUCUUGAUUAAACCGACCCUCAGCAGACCCAAUAAUGACCUCUGCAAGGUCCCGUGGGAGGGUAAGGAACGCCUCUUAUCAGAAGUCAUGGAAACGUCGACCGAUCCAACAUCUCCUUUGCCAGCAGAAGGUGACCAGUCGGCCAUGCUGUCCCCACUAAGCCCACAGCCCGAUCAACUGCUCUGGCAACCUACUCUUGAAUCAUUACCAUUCACUGUUCUUAAGAAUAUCGGACGGUUCCUUGACGCUCAGGGUCUCACGGCGAUGUCGAUGACAUCACACUUCAUGCGUCGGGUUUGUGCUAGUCUGCUUCAAGAACGAGGUAUGGUGACCACAGGAUGGGAGAGGCAGGUGGAUGACACAUGGGUAGAGGCACAAAAGAUAUGGUACUUCGCUGCUGCCUCUACCAACGACUGAAGCCUAAACUAGCACUUUUUACAUGCUUUAAUUUCUCUUGACCACCCAUCCUCAAAUUGCAGCUAGAUUUGAACGUAAGCAUCUAUUGCUUACUCUAUUUUUGAAUAAAGUACAUUACACUUGACUGUGUAAUUUUGAUCAAUUCUUUUAAUGAGGCAUUAUAGACUUUUUAUCAUGCUGCCUCCAUCUUGAUCAGUUCCUUGUAUCCAAUAACAACAAUGAAUGCUAAUAACAACGUUGCUAAUAGGAUACCAGACUAUUUUGUUUUUCCAGCCUCGGUUUGGUUACAUUGAUAUCAACGGGAGAAAUUCAAGAUGGCUGCACCAUGAUAAAGGUCUAUCCGGUUGUGACCAAAGAUUAUGGAGCGCUAGCUGCGGAACUCGUGCUGAAAUGUAAAAUCCCACUGGAUGCCAUUUCGGCAAGUAACUCUUUUGAUACAACAAUUGAUCAGUGCGGAUCAGUGCAGACAAUGACCAUUCCUAUCAAUGGGAAACAAAACAUUCACAUGCUGAAAUGACGCCCAUGCGUGUUUCACGUUUAAAAAUAGAUAAAGCUUCAGUUCGGCAUCUUGUGCCUAAAUCUUUUAUUGUGACCCCUCCUUUGCCUUCCUUGUAAAAUUUCAAGAUUGAACACCCUUGAAAUAAUGUUGACUCCUAUGAUAGCCCCGUGUAGGACUGUGCGUCUACGUCUGUGCUCUACACAGAUACAGAGUCCUAGAUCUGAGUUUUUUAUUCUCACCAAUUCUGUGUAAUGCCAGAUAAAGACCGUUUAGACGGAUUUAUUUUCAUCAGAGUUUGGUUUGUAGAAACUUUGUUCAAAGGUCUGAUUCAAAGAGUGCAUCAUCACAAUGUAAUGAUGACUAACUGUCAUGAUGUAGCUGAUAAGAUGUAGGUACAUGGGAGACUAAAACAAAACAAGUUGGAUGUCAUACUUUGGAACAUUGCUAUUGUUUUGGAGUAAAGGUAACUCAAUAAAGGUUGUAUGAGUUAGGAAAUGGGUUAAAUAAUAAUGAUCAAGCAGAAACAAACAUGUAAUGAUUUACAACACAAUACUAUGUUCUACUUAUGUACUGUGCAUGGAUCUUUUCUGUUUGGCCAUUUAGGAGUUUAUAUUUAGCAAUGACCAAUCACAAUUAAAAAGUAAUUAAUUAUUAUAAAACAUUAUACUUUUAAUAAGGAAAAAGCCAAUGUACAACAGAGGAGCUUCUUGUUUUACAUGUAACCUUGAUUUAUGUACCAUAUUCGAGCAAAAUCACAAAACACUUACUAACUUCACUUGGUUUAUGAAUUGAUAACUUUCUAAAUAUGAACCCUAUCCUAUUAGUAUUCAGUGCGUCUAACACCUGCUGCACAGAGUUAACACCUAUGUAUCUGCUGCACACAGUUUUUGUUACUUCAAGCUGGCAUACAAUUGUGGGUAAAAAUCACCCAUUUCAUCGUACAAAAGCAUUUCUUAUGACAGAAACUUUGGCCUCAUAAGAAGACCUCAGGUUUUUGAACAACA